AUGCCUUCGGAACAGGAUCCUCUACUCCCUUCAAAUCCGCCUGCGCCAGAGAUCCGCGGUUAUGGCUACUCGAGCAACAAAGAGAUCGUCCCAGAAACAACUUCCUUCGAGCCAUCGGUCUUUGCUCGACCAAACUUUGACCCAGACCAGGAGGAAGAGGGAGACAGAGAAGACACUCAACCAACAGCUAGCUCGGCUCUUGGUACCCUCGGCUCCAUCUUUACGAUCGUGGUGUUUUUCGCUUUCGUUGUCCUGCUGUUGAGCCCCAAGUCUCGAGAGGAUGAGCCGAUCCCUGCGCCAAAAACACCAGCGGCUAUAGAUGAGCGAGUUUCUGCCAUUCUCGAUAGCACGCCGUUAAUUGACGGACAUAAUGACUUGGCUAUCUUCAUCAGGGCAGCUUAUCAAAAUAAACUACACGGGAAAUUUAAGGAUAAGUUCGUCAACGGUGGGUUGGAGGCAGAUGUUGAUCUCCCUCGCCUCAGAGAGGGCAAAGUUGGGGGUGCCUUCUGGAGUGCGUUUGUUGUGUGCCCGGAGGACGCAAGUGAUAACUUUUCCGAUGAGACUUAUGCGACUGAGGUGUUCCACACUCUUUCCCAGAUCGACUUGAUACGACGCAUCCAAAGCCAAUAUCCCAAGAAAUUUACAUUUGCCACGACCCCUCUGUCGUCGGCGCUGACCGACUUUCAUGCCACAAAAGCUUUGAUAUCGCCCAUCAGCAUCGAAGGUCUCCAUCAGAUACCACAAUCGGCGCCCUUAUCCACUCUUCGUCUAUAUCAUGCUCUAGGAGUACGGGCGGCCACCUUGACUUGGAAUUGUCAUAAUGCUUUUGCCGAUGCUGCACUGAUUUCGUCCAAAGGGGAAACGACCGUCGCUGGCUAUCAUCGAGGGGGUCUCACACCCGCUGGCCGGGAUGUUAUACGUGAGAUGAACCGCUUGGGGAUGCUUGUCGACAUCUCUCAUACCUCGUAUUGGACCCAAAGGGCUGUCUUGAGCAACGGAACAUCCGAGGCGCCCGUGAUAUUCUCUCACUCAUCGGCCUUUGCCUUGUGCCCGCAUCCGAGAAAUGUCGAGGACGAUAUCCUAGAGUUAGUCAAGGAGACCAAGAGCUUGGUAAUGAUCAAUUUCAGCCCAGGCUUCAUCUCCUGCCUUCCUCCGCCAAACUCCAGCGUCUUGCCGGAGCUCUAUGAAAAGAACAAUACUGUCCAUCAAGUUGCAAGACAUAUUAUCUACGUGGGCGAGAAGAUUGGCUAUGAUUACGUUGGACUAGGAAGUGACUUCGACGGUAUGGGUGAACUCACUCCUAAAGGGCUGGAGGGAGUUGACAAGUACCCAAAUCUCGUGGCUGAGCUCCUGAAAAACGGUGUAUCCGAUCACGAUGCAGCUAAGAUUGUCGGUGGGAAUUUACUAAGGGUCUGGCGAACGGUUGAUGCAAUUGCAAAAGGCCUUCAAGAGAAGAUCCUUGAGGGCGAGGACGAAGUCAGUGGAUGGUAA